CAAAAAUUGAUAGUUCGUGUGAAAUGCUUCAUGAUGAAUUAAGAUAUCCAAGUAAUAAUAUUCCAAACAUAACAAAAUGGACUAAAGCUCAAGUGUUGGAAUAUUUAUCAGAGCGAUUACCUCGAGAAAUAACUGAUCAAAUAGCUAAACAUGAUCUCGAUGGCAGAGCUAUACUAUUGCUGAACCGAUCUGAUAUCGUAUCAACUCUAAUGUGUUUGAAACUAGGAAGUUCCUUGAAAUUCUACAGAGAAGUGCGGAUUUUACAAUCACAAUCGACACACCACAGAGUAUAUUGGGAAUAAUUAUCAUUACUUCUACUUAAUGUCAUUAAAUUAUAUAAAAUUGUGUUCAUGUUUUUUUUUUAAUGAGUUUUAAACCUGUAAUUUAAAAAAUGUUUGAAAUAUUAAUGCAAUUAGAUAUUAUACAAAAUACUCCACUUUUUUCAAUAGGGAAAUGAUCAACUUGUUUACCUAAUUUUAUAAAAAAAUACAUGGUUAUCAAUAUUGUAAUUUUGGCUUGAUUGCAUAUAAAGGCUUCCAAUUAAAUGCAUAUCCUGU